AUGGCUUUAGAUAUUUCCUCCCUGUUGAACAGUAGGAGUUGGGAAGUGGGCGUAAGGAAGCGUAGUGGGAACCGAGAUCUGAGAAGUGAGAGUUAUGAAAUCGGAGGUGGGAGCUUGGAAUUUGGAGUUGGGAAGUGGAAGUUAGGAAUUCGGAGGUGGCAGGGGGAGUUGGGAAGUAGAAGUUGGGACGUGAGAGUUUGCAAGAGGGACUGGGAAGUAGGAAAAGGGAAGGGAAGCUGGGAAGUGGGAGCUGGGACAAAAUCGAGGAGUCGAAAAGGAUCGAAAGUCGAAAACCGAGUCGAAACAAGAUCGGCGUCUCGAAAAAUCAGAGGUCAGAAAAUCCGGAGUCCGAAAAUCAGGCUCGAGAAAUCAGAAGGUCGAGAUCAAGAAAAUCAAUCAGAGGUCAGAAAAAGUCGAAGGUCGAGAAAAAAAGGUCCAGAAAGUCGGCAUCGAGAUCGGUCCGGAUCCAGAAAAUCGAGAGGUCGGCGUCAAACCGAACUCGAAAAAUCCGGAAAAUCAAAAAAAUCGAAAGGUCGAAAAUCAGGGUCGAAAAUCGAAGACAAAAUCGAUCGAGAUCGGAAAUCAGAAAAUCGGUCGGAAAAUCAUGGGUCGAAAGGUCGAGAAUCAGUCAGUCAGAAAAUCAGAGGAAUCGGCAUCAAAGGUCGGAAAGUCGAAAAGAAGUCGAAAAUAAAGUCGAAAGAAAGUCGGAGGUCAGAAGUCGGAAAAUCGAAAAGAUCCGAAGAUCGAAAACUCGAAAGUCGGAAAGUCAGAGGUCGGAAAAUCAGAGGUCGGCGUCGGAAGUCGGCAAUCGAAAGCUCGAAAUCGAAGGUCGGGGGAAUCGGAUCGAAAUCGAAGAUCGGCGAAGAUCGAGAAAAUCAAAGGGUCCGGAAAAUCCGGAAGGUCGAGAAAACCAGGUCGAAAAAUCCGAAGGUCGAAAGAAAAUCCGGGGGUCGAAAAGUCGGGAGAUUCAAAAUCGGUUCGAAAAUCCGGAAAAUCGGGGAUCGCGUCGAAAAGUCAGAGGUCGAAAAUCGAAAGUCGAAAUCAAAGCUCGAAAAGUCGGAGGUCGAAAAUCGGAAGUCGGUCGAAAAUCAGGUCGGUCGGGGUCGAAGUCGAAAUCGGAGGUCGGAAAAUCGAAGGUCGGCGCGGAAAGGUCGAACUUUCGGAAAUCGAAGAUCCGAAGGUCGAGAAAGUCAGGCUCGGAAAAGUCCGGCGUCGGAAAGUCGAAAUUCGGAAAAUCGGAAGCUCAGAAGUCGAAGGUCCGGAAAAGGCUCCGGCUCGAAAGUCCGGAAAAUCGGCGAUCGAUCGAAAAUCGGAAUCGGUCAGGAAAAUCCGGGCUCGGCGGUCGGAGGAUCAGGAAAGGCGUCGAGGGUCGAAAAUCGAAGGAAGUCGAAAAUCGGAGGUCCGGAAGUCGAAAGUCGGGAUAGUCGAAAAUCCGGAAGUCGGAAAAGUGAGAGGUCAAGAAAAUCGGGGGUCGAGAAAUCGAAGUCCGGAAAAUCGAAGGAUCGAGAAAAUCGAAAUCAGAAAUCGAGGUCGGAAAAUCGAAAGUCGUUCGAAAGUCGAAGUCCGGAAAAUCGAAAGGAAAAUCAAAGGGUCGAAAAUCGAAGGUCAGAAAAUCGAGAUUCAAGGCGGGAUCAGAAAAUCGAGGUCGAAAGUCGGAAGUCGAAAAAUCCGGAAGUCAUCCGUCGGUCAGCGUCGAGAAAAAUCCAGGAAGUCGAAAUCGAAGUCGAAAGUCGAGGGUCGAAAAUCAGAAGUCCGAAAAUCAGAGGUCGGCGUCCGGAGAUCAGAAAAUCGAAAGGUCAGAAAUCGAAAUCGGCGAGAUCGAAAAUCGGAAGUCCGAAAAGUCAGAAGAUCCGGAAAUCGGAAAUCGAAAUCGGGGUCCGGAAAGUCGGAAACCAUCAAAUCGAAAAUCGAAAAUCGAAAAUCGGAGAGGUCGAAACUCGAAGGUCCGGCAUCGGCGUCGGUCGGCAUCAGAUCGAGAUCUUUCGGCGUCGGUCGAAAAUCGAAAAGAUCAGAAAAAUCCGGUCCGGAAAAUCGAGAAGGUCGAAAUCCGGGGUCGAAAAUCAGAAGCUCAAGAAAAUCGGGGUCCGAAAAUCGAAAUCCGAAAAUCCGGCUUCGGCAUCGAAAGGUCCGGAAAAAUCAGGCUCUCAGAAAAUCAGAAAGUCGAAAAUCGAAAUCAGAAAAAUAAUCGAAGAUCCGUCCAGUCGAAGAAGUCCGGAAAAUCGGAGAUCGAAAAAUCCGGGGGUCGGAAAAAUCAAAGUCGAAAAAUCAGGAUCGAAGGUCGGUCGGCAUCAAAGGCUCAGAAAAACUCGGAAGUCAGGAAAUCAGGCUCAGAAAAUCGAAAGAUCGAAAUCAAAGUCGAAGAAAAUCGAAAGUCGAAAUCCGGAAAGUCAGGCUCCAGAAAAUCGGGGGUCGAAAGGCUCAGAAAGAAAUCGGCGUCGGAAGUCGGCGUCCGAAAUCCGAAAAUCGAAGUCGAGAUCGAGGCUCGAAAAUCGAAAGAUCGAGAAAAUCGAGAGGGUCGAAAAUCAAAGGUCGAAAAUCAGAGAACUUCGGCAAAGUCGAAGAUCGGCAAAAUCGAAAAAUCAGAAAAUCAGAAGGUCGAAAAUCGGAAAUCAAGAGGAUCGGUCAAGAUCCGGGGUCCGGAAAAUCCGGAGAUUCCGGAAAAUCGAGGUCGAAAAGUCGAAAGAUCGAGAAAAUCGGCGGUCCGAGAAAAUCCGGAAGUCGAGUCGAGGGUCAGAAAAUCAGGGGUCGAAAAUCGAGAAGUCAAAAAUCGGGGAUCAGAAAAUCGAAAGGGAAGAAAAUCGAAGUCCGGAAAGUCGGUCCGAAAAUCAAGAAAAUCGGAAGUCGGAAUCGGAAUCGAAAGAAAUCGGGUCGAAAAUCGGUCAGUUCGAAAUCGGAGGGUCAAGAAAAUCGGGAGUCGAAAAUCAGGCUCGAAGUCGAAAUCGAAAAUCCGGAUCGAAAAUCAGAGAUCCAGAAAAUCGAGAGUCGGCAUCGAAGAGGUCAGAAAAUCAGGGGUCAGCAUCCGGAAAUCAGAAAAUCCGGAAUCAGAAAAUCGAAAUCGAUCAUAGAAAAUCCGAGGGGUCGGAAAAGGCUCGGAAAUCAGGUCCAGAAAAUCGAAGGUCAGAAAAUCGGAAGGCUUCGAAAGUCGGAAAUCGCGAAAAGUCGACUAAGAAAGAAAAUCGAAAAUCGGAAGUAGAAAAUCGGAGGUCGAAAGGAAUCUAG